AUCCGUUUCAUUAAUGAGGAAAUUUGUCUUAGACCACCAUAUUGUUUAACAAGUGAGCCUUGGAGUCUUGCUUUUGAUACAAAGGAAAAUAUACUAUGCCGGACAUUCACUCUCUUUUUCAACUUGAAAUCAUGAAAGUAAACAUCAUGAUGUUUAUGAAGUUUUCUGAAUUUUGUUUAUGGUAUUCGUUAAUGUGAGGUAGACCAACAUAAUCUGUAAAUAACGAAAAUAAUGGUCCAGACAUAUUUGGGAUAUUUAAAUAUCUGCCAGCGGUUGCUAUGGGAAGUGACGUCACAGUCCUACCCGAUUUGACGGCGUAGAAAAAAAACUAGCCUUACGAUUCGGGUGAGCUGAAAGACAACUGCUUCAUCUUAAAAUCCAUCUCAAUCCUCAUGUUGUUUUUCUUAAGAUGACUUCUCAAAGAUUUAGAACAUAAACUGCGCUCUUUAUACUCUCGAUUGAUACCAAAAUUAUAGGUCUUCGUUUCUCGGACAAAGAAAAAAGGGAUGGUGAAUUUUGGAUUGUUCAGAAGAGACGGAUUCCGGGAAAGAAGAAUUGAGAAUUAGCAUUUAAGUACGUAAGGAAGGUGGCAAAUUAAACUAAAGGUGCAAAUUUAAGUGUAUUUAAGACCAAGAAACGUUGAAUUUAGCCAGCGACAAAAUGGAACUUAGAGUGGGGAACCGAUACAGAUUAGGCAGAAAAAUCGGAAGCGGAUCUUUCGGUGACAUCUAUUUAGGCACAGAUAUUUCCGUGGGUGAAGAGGUUGCCAUAAAGUUGGAAUGCGUUAAGACCAAGCACCCCCAGCUCCACAUCGAAAGCAAGAUCUACAAAAUGAUGCAAGGAGGAGUGGGUAUUCCAACUAUAAAAUGGUGUGGCGCAGAAGGUGACUACAAUGUAAUGGUGAUGGAACUGCUGGGACCCAGCCUGGAGGAUCUCUUCAAUUUUUGUUCCCGCAAGUUUAGCCUCAAGACAGUCCUGCUUCUUGCCGACCAGAUGAUUAGUCGCAUUGAGUAUAUUCACUCCAAGAACUUCAUCCACAGAGAUGUGAAACCAGAUAACUUUCUGAUGGGACUGGGUAAAAAGGGCAACUUGGUGUACAUUAUCGAUUUUGGCCUAGCUAAGAAAUAUCGUGACGCUCGCACUCACCAGCACAUCCCCUACCGUGAGAACAAAAACCUGACUGGAACUGCACGAUACGCCUCAAUCAACACCCAUCUGGGGAUUGAGCAGUCAAGGCGUGAUGAUCUGGAGUCCUUGGGCUAUGUUCUUAUGUAUUUCAAUUUGGGCUCCCUGCCUUGGCAAGGCCUGAAGGCUGCUACCAAGAGGCAAAAGUAUGAACGAAUUAGUGAGAAGAAAAUGUCCACCCCUAUUGAAGUUCUAUGCAAGGGAUACCCAUCUGAAUUUGCAACCUACCUGAAUUUUUGCCGUUCCCUGCGUUUUGAUGACAAACCAGACUACUCAUACCUACGGCAGCUUUUCCGAAACCUUUUUCACAGACAAGGAUUUUCUUAUGACUAUGUUUUCGACUGGAAUAUGCUCAAGUUUGGAGCCAACCGUGCGGCAGAGGAGGCAGAGAGAGAGCGCCGUGACCGGGAAGACAGGCUGAGACAUGGUAGGAACCCAGCAACCAGAGGAGUGCCUGCUGCAUCAGGGCGACCUCGGGGAGGCCAGGAUGGCGCCCCACCCACACCACUAACACCCACUUCACAUACAGCUUCCCCACGUCAAGCAUCUGGUAUGGAGCGUGAGCGGAAAGUUAGCAUGAGACUGCACCGUGGUGCCCCUGUCAAUGUCUCCUCCUCAGACCUUACUGGCCGGCAAGACACCUCACGCAUGUCCACCUCACAGAAUAGCAUUCCCUACGAACAUCACGCCAAGUAGACGCUCGCCACAUACUUGUGUGACCGUGGCAACACUGGAUGGUGUCAAACGCACUUCCUGCUGUUCUCCAUCCUCUUGCUCCUCGAUGAGCCAGUCUCAAGCAGCCUUGCAGUCCAGUCCAUGCCCACUGAGACACAAACAGACACGAAUAGUACUAUGGCCACUCUGAAUUACUACUGCAACAGCUACCAUGGGAAGCCACCUCACAUCAACCAGCUAACUGGAAGUGCUUACUUACUGACUGCUCUCAGUACCAUCACCUAAUAUUGUUAACUAUUUGCCCUUUGCCACCCGAGCCCCUUUGGUUGUUGUCUCAGUCUGAGUGUUGGAUUUCAGGACUGUUUUCUGUCCAUUUUUGCAGGAGAUAUCUGGAUAAGCUGCACUGCCCCCAUCCCAAUCAGGUCAACAGUUUUUUCUAAGCAUGUCUAAAGACAAUGAUUGUGUCCAGGGCCAACAUGGCAACUUCCUAGUCCUUUCAUUGAUGAUAAUCUACAAUCUGUCUUUGAGUCUUGCGACAGACUCAAUAGAUGGUUCGUUCUAUGUUUCUACUGUAUUAUGCUAAUCAAUAAAAUGUCUCAUUUUUUUGUAGUA